AUGAUUUCAUCAGUCACCAAAUCAUCCACUUUAAUUAAUUCAUCAAGCAAAUUAAUUAAUUCAAAAUCAUUCACUACAACUGCCUCAAACACAGUUGGUAAAGAUUAUAUUAAAUCUAUUUAUGGUCAAUUAAGAAGAAAAAGAGAUAGAAGAGGUUUAGUUAAUGUCGAAAAUUUUGAAGAAAGUGAAAUUACAACUUUCCCAAGAUCAAGAGAAGGUUUAGAUUAUGAUUUAAAUUGGACUUUAAAUGGAUACAGUAUUACACCAUCAGAAUCAGCCUAUCGUAAUCCAAGAUUACCAUUACUUUUCCAACAAUCAAAUGGUAAAACUGAUAAGAACUUCACUUUAACUGUCAAUCACAACCAAUCAGAUAACAGCGGUAACGUCACCAACUAUUACCUCGAUGAAGCAGUCGCCUCAAAGAAUUCAAACUCUGCUAUAUUAUCAAUUCCAAACUAUAAAGAAAUUUUAGAAGAGGUUAAAUCACACAUUUCCUCAUCAAAAAAUAUUUACGUUCAUGAUGCCGCCGUUGGUAGUAGUCUUGGUUCAGAAACAACUAUUAGAGCAGUUACUAACGAUUCAGUCUCAUCAUUAUUCCUUAAACACCUUUUACCAAACACCACCCCAAUCGAUGUUUCAGAAUUUAAACAUAACCUUACUCUCUAUUUUGUUCCAAACUAUCAAAUCCCAAAUGCAGAUAAAUUAGGUUUAAAAACUUCAUCUUUCAACAUUAUUGAUGUUAAAAGAGGUAUUGCCGUUGUCUCUGGUGUUCCAUCAACUGAAAACGUUAGAAAUGUUAUCACUGCUAUCUCCUCAUCAACUUUCGCUAAAACCAACCAAGAUUCUUUAACCUUAUCUGCUGAUAUCUAUAGUAAUGGUAAAUCUGCUCCAGUUUUAGUCUUUAGCGAAGAUGGUUUCCUUUUAAAUAAAAAUUACAAUAGUGGUAAAGUUGUCUCACAAGGUUCAAUUUGGUCUGCUGAUGGUGUUUCACGUUUAUACAAUUCAAUUACUUAUAAUUUCGAAUCAAUUGCCAAAAAUCAAUACGAUUUAAUUGAAAAAUUCAGUGAUAAAAAAAUUAACACAACUGUUCCAGUUAAAUUUGAAACCAACCAUUACAAUCAACCAUCAUCAAUUGUUUUCAUUAUUAAAGAUACCUCAAGUGCCAUUCCAGCUUUUGCUCAAUUAACUGGUGAACAAGCUAAAAACUAUUUUGUUUCAGGUUUUGUUGGUAAUUCAGAUUUUGUUCCAUUCUUUAAUAAAGGUCAAAAUACCACUGAAAACGCUAAAACCGCUGAAGUUUUUGAAAAUUUAAUUAAGGCCAAUAAUACCAAAGUUUAUAUAAUUAAUCCAGCUGCCUUCGAUCAAGAAAGUGAAGUUGAUAACCUUCUUGGUUCAGUUGUUUCAGGUAAAGUUGCCGAUUCAACUAACUCUGAUGUCUACAAUACUUUAUCACCAAUCAAAGUUCCAACUGCUAAAGAUCAAAAAGUUGCUGAUGUUAAAAAAGCAGUUAAAACAUUCGAAACCAAAUUAAAAUCAAAGGUAGAAAGUCUUUUACAAUAA